CUCCGAUUGGCCACUCCCGCCUCCUUCUUCCCCGCCUAUCUCCGCCUACUCCCGGCCCCGCGUUGCAUUGUGGGGCUUGUAGUCGCGGGUGUCGGGACUACAAUCCCCAGGGCCCCGCGCGGCCGCCGGUUGGUUCCAGACAACGCCUGGUGUGUGGUAACCGCGGCCGGCGCUUCCUCCUCGCGGGCGCUUCCGGCGCGGCGAGCGGCGCACUCGAGAGCUCCGGGGGCGGCGAGGACUGUAUAUUUUUCAAGUUCUUGAAGUAUUCUUGCACAACGAGGAAAAAGAAAAAACAUUCCAGUGAAUGAGGAGUUCUUUGCUUCUAUAGUGUUUUCCUUGAGAAGUGGGGCUUUGAAUGAGGAUGACAAUGGAAGAGAUGAAGAAUGAAGCAGAGACCACUUCUAUGGUUUCCAUGCCUCUCUAUGCUGUUAUGUACCCUGUCUUUAACGAGCUAGAAAGAGUAAAUCUGUCUGCAGCUCAGACACUGAGAGCAGCUUUUAUUAAGGCUGAAAAAGAAAAUCCAGGUCUUACACAGGACAUAAUUAUGAAAAUUCUGGAGAAAAAAAGUGUGGAUGUGAACUUCACAGAGUCUCUCCUGCGUAUGGCAGCCGAUGAUGUAGAAGAGUAUAUGAUUGAAAGACCAGAACCAGAAUUCCAAGAUCUUAAUGAAAAGGCACGAGCACUUAAACAGAUUCUUAGUAAGAUUCCUGACGAGAUCAAUGACAGAGUGAGGUUUCUUCAGACAAUCAAGGACAUCGCGAGUGCAAUAAAGGAACUUCUUGACACAGUAAAUAAUGUCUUCAAGAAAUACCAAUACCAGAACCGGCGGGCACUUGAGCACCAAAAGAAAGAGUUUGUAAAAUACUCCAAAAGCUUCAGUGAUACUCUGAAAACUUAUUUUAAAGAUGGAAAGGCAAUAAAUGUGUUCAUAAGUGCCAACCGACUAAUCCAUCAAACCAACUUGAUACUCCAGACCUUCAAAACUGUGGCCUGAAAACUGUAUAUGUUGAGAGUUGUACUUUUCAAUGGUGGAUAGGGUACCUUUAUAUGUAAAUUUUAAAGUUUUGACUGUAUAAAUUAUCAGUCCCUCUUGAGGGGCCUAAUGCAGGAUUUUGAAUGGGAUUAUUGCCAUCUUACACCAUAUUUUUGUAAAACAUUGUAGCUUAAUCAUAAUCUCACAAUGAAGAUUUUGCAUCACUUUUUGCUAUUAUCAUUCUUUUCAGAAUUAUAAGCCAAAAGAAUUUUCGCCUUAAUGUGUCAUUAUGUAACAUUCCUUAUAAGAAUUGUAAAUAUUUGGUGUUCUGUUUCUGACAUUUUAACUUGAAAGCGGGAAAACUGCAAGAUUAUGUAUUUAACAAUAUUGGUGGCAAAUAUUCAAUAAAUAGUUUACAUCUGUUA